CAAAAACCAACACAUAUGGCGGUGUCUCACCAUCUGACACUCCUCGGAUUCAUGCGACAUUUUUGUACACCUUGGUCGCAAUUGCUUGCCCACCCACCAACAACUUUUAGGAUAGUCUAUUUUCGAAUAGACCGGAUCAGCUGCCUUGUUCUCGCAACCCGCUGGGACCGCAUCCAUCGGCCAUGGAGGUGCUAGAUCGUGGGAAAGAUGAGAUGAUGGAAGAUAUCUUCCUCCAAGAUGAUCUUCACCCGACCAUCGCAGAGCACGCAACAAAGUGCAACUCGCUAUUCCACCAGUAUAUAGUAUUGCCAGACAUUGUGCCGGAUCCUACUAUCAUGGAUGAUCAGCUGGCGCGAUUUACCCUGUGGGCAGCAAACAUGGACGUGUUUGGACCGCUCAAUGUUUCGCUGGACUACAGGCUUCGAUUCAGUCCCACGAUCGUGGAGAUCAUACAUCAGCUCCUAGGCCUUAUUUGUGAUACGAUGGUGUCUUCCGAUUCAGAACCCACCGCAGACUCCGAGCAGGAAAAGACAGCGUGUGUCAGGACACCGUGACUCGGAAGUCUGGAGGAGGAGACCCGAGGAUGACGCAAGUGACUCGGACAGCGAUGGAGAUCCAGCAGAAGAGAACAUCUCAAAAAUCACCGAUAUCAUUGGCGGAACAGUCACACGGCUCUUUCGUCUAUCC